UCCUCUUCUCUCAACAAUCUCCACUGCACCGUGCACGAUGGCUCGCGUCGACGGCGUGAUCAUACUCGACCCCGUUGGGAAAUCGCUCAUCACCUCCCACUUCUCGUCCGCAUAUCCUGCAAUAUACACGGAUGCGUACAAUCAUGAGCUCCGCCGCGCGCGGAAAGACGGGCGCGAGCUCGAGCCCGUGCUUUGGGUGCACGGUGUGGCAUUGUGUCACUUGGAGCGCGACGGGCUGCGAUAUCUCAUCCCGCUUACCGCUGAGGUCAAUCCACUAUUCGCCUUUGCAUGGCUCGAGAGCUUCCUCGACACUCUCAAAGAGUACCUCGGAGACGUGACGGAGGUUACAGUGAAGGACAACUUCGAUGUCGUUUACAUGCUCAUUGAGGAGAUGCUGGACGAGGGGCACCCGAUGACGAUGGAGACAGCGAUGCUCAAGGACAUCGUGCUACCUCCCAGCCUGAUGCGCAAGUUGCUCAACGUUGCCGGCGUAUCCGGCCUCCAGGCCCAGACUCCGUCCGCCCCAUUCACCGCGCCAAUACCGUGGCGUCGCCUCGGCAUCCGUCACGCCCAGAACGAGAUCUUCUUCGAUGUCGAGGAAACACUCGACGCCGUUGUGGAUCGUAAGGGCCACGUGCUCUCGGCGCAGGUGUGGGGGCGCCUCGGGUGCAACUCUCGCCUGUCGGGGAAUCCGGAUCUCCUGCUGAACAUGAGUAACACGAAGGCGCUGGCGGAAUGCUCGUUCCACCCUUGUAUCCGAUACUCGCGUUGGGAACGCGACCACGUGCUGAGCUUCAUCCCUCCAGAUGGCAAGUUCAAGUUGUUGGAAUACGAAGCGGCCUCUGUCCCAAAACUCCCCUUCCUUUUGAAGGCAGGGAUGCAGGUGGAUGAAACCGGCGGCCGGUUCAGUCUCACCCUCACAUCGCGAGUGGCACGCCUGGACGAUGUUGUCGUCUCGAUUUUCCUCGGCUCAACAACGACGGGGAUCAGUGCGACACCAGCAGGCGACCGUCGGCCACCAGGUCAAGAAGGUGAUGGAGGGCAUGUCGGUGGCGGCACGGCCGAGUUUGACCCACACACCCAGGUGCUCCGAUGGUCCCUGUCAAGUUUGUUGCAGCACGAGCGCAGCCCAAGCCUCACGGGGUCGUUUGUUUCGUGAUACGUCACGUCCCACUCCCGAUCCAGCAUUCUCCGUCGGCUUCAAGAUCGCCAACCACACAUAUUCGGGCCUGCGAGUUGACCAACUCAAGGUGUCUGGGGACGUGGGGUACAAGCCAUUCAAGGGGGUGCGCACGAGCGCGCGGGCGGGCAGGGUGGACGUGAGGUGGUAGAGCAAUGCAUACUGUAGUAAC